UGAGUUCAUAAGUCUGGCCAGGCAGUUUUAUUGGUUGGACUGAUCAUACCGCCUGUGCAGAUGGGAGUAGAUUGUUUCUCGAAAAAGCCAUGCCUUGAAGAAUCUCCAAGCUUCAAGAAUAGGGAUUCGAAAAGGCUCAGCUUAAAGAGAACUGUGUCUUUUAAGAAAAGAAUUCAGUGUGAUGGAGAUCAUGAGUUCAUGCACCACAUAAAUUCUCCGACUGAUCGUCCCAAGACGCCAAUUCUGUUCUCCCCAGGACCCGUCAGCGGUCUCGAUGCAGCUGCACUGAAAGUGCAGAAAGUGUAUAAAAGUUACAGAACCAGAAGAAACCUUGCAGAUUGUGCUGUUGUAGUGGAAGAGCUCUGGUGGAAAGCCUUAGAUUUUGCAGCAUUGGAGCGGAGCUCAGUAUCAUUCUUUAGCAUUGAGAAACCAGAAAGCGCCGUUUCCAGAUGGUCUAGGGCCAGGACCAGGGUAGCCAAGGUUGGAAAGGGAUUGUGCAAGGAUGAGAAGGCUACAAAAUUGGAUCUCAAACAUUGGCUUGAAGCUAUUGAUCCACGACAUCGAUAUGGACACAAUUUAAGUCUGUACUACGAUGCAUGGUUCAUUAGUAAGAGCUGGCAACCAUUCUUUUACUGGCUGGAUGUCGGAGAUGGCAAAGAAAUUAAUCUUGAGAAAUGCUCCAGGACUGUGCUACAGAAGCAAUGCAUCAGAUAUCUCGGCCCAAUAGAGAGGGCGGAAUUUGAAGUGAUCAUAGAGAAUGGAAAACUUCUCUACAAACAAAGUGGGAAGUCUUUAGAGACUGUGAAUGGCUGCAAGUACAUUUUUGUCCUCAGUACCUCAAAAAUUUUAUAUGUUGGGGCAAAGAAGAAAGGCCAGUUCCAGCAUUCUAGUUUUUUAUCCGGUGGUGCUGCCACUGCAGCGGGCCGCCUGGUAGCCCAUAAUGGAGUUCUUGAGGCUAUAUGGCCUUACAGUGGUCAUUAUCAUCCUACAGAGGAGAAUUUCAUGGAGUUUAUUAGCUUCCUGGAAGAUCACCGUGUUGACCUUAGCAAUGUCAAGAAAUUCGCGGUGGAUGAAGAUGUUCCACCCUUAAAAGUCAUUGCAAACGACAGGCCUAAGUCCGAUGUAGUCAAGGCUCUAUGUUCAGAUAACAUUCCAUCUGCUAAUGAACCAUCAGCUGACAGCAUCAAUGUUGAGACUUCUCGGAGCACUGUAAAGGAGCCUCAUUUUGAAUUACGAAGAGCACUAUCUUCCAAAUGGACUACAGGGACUGGUCCUCGGAUAGGUUGCGUAAGGGAAUACCCUGCAGAGCUACAAUUUCAGGCUCUGGAACAAGUCAAUUUGUCUCCAAGAGUGCUCAUGGCUGGCUCUUCAACAGCCUGCUGUCCAAUACCUUCACCAAGACCAUAUCCAAGAAUACAUUUAUCACCAAAAGUUUCUAACAUUGGUCUGACUAGCCCCAGAAUAACUCUUCAUAAGUCUAACUAGAAAUUUACAGACCGUUUCACUUAACUUAUAAGUAACUCAACACAAGAGUUCCCGUUCUUUUCUUUUUUUCAAGGCUCUGUAAUCCAAACCAGCAAAUUUUUUUCUCGGCCUUGAUUUUUUUUUAUUCUUUUGCUAGAAUUGGCCUUGAAUUUUGUAGGUCAAUUUACAUUGGGAUUUGGUUCAUUUGUUGUAAUCAUGCUUGAAUUAUAGGCUAGAUGAAGACAAAUUGUUUAGUAUAGAAUAAAGAAAUUUCAUUAUUUGAAAUUUGAAUGUCAUGUUUGUACUACUUUUACAUAUGAAUCUUUUCAGAAUA